AUGCCAAUAUUCUUUAAACGCAUGAAAGAAUACACCUACGAGAAACUAAACAGCAAUGAACCUCCAAAGCCCUCAAAAACAACCUUCAACUGGCAGCUCGGCAUCCCAUGGGCCCUCUCCGCAAUCCUAGCCCUCUUCUCCGGCUACCUGCUAUUCCACCAACCAGCAACGCACGGGGCGUACAAAACCGACUUCCCAGACGCGCAACCAUCCGUCUCCUACGAAGAGCGCAUUUUCACGGGAAAGUUCUUCUACAAUGACGAAACACAGAAGAUAGAACGAGAAGUUGAUCCCACCAGGCCUCAAUAUGCGGGUCCGCCUAGCCCAGAGAUAGACGCUGCGUGGGCUGAAUUGCUUCGCGGAGAAUUCCCCGCGAUCACCGAAGAAGAGGCAGCGCCCUUCCAACCUGGGAUCGAAAAGUUCCCGGACACAGGCAAUUACCACUUCGAAUUGGACGUCUUCCACUCCCUCCACUGCUUAAACUAUAUCCGCAUGAACCUGGAUAAAGAUUACUACUCCGCUCACCUUGAAAAACACGAUGGGAUUCUGCGGAAUGCGCCCCAUAUGCCGGAUAACUGGGGUCAGGCCCAUCUACAUCAUUGUCUGGAUCAGGUUGUGCAGUCUGUGGUUUGUCAUGCGGACUUAUCGCCGGUGCCCAUGUACGGGUGGGAGGGGGUGCCAGUCUUCUUGGGCGUCGGGCAGACGCAUACGUGCCGGAAGUGGGAGCCUAUACGGGAGUGGCUUGAUGCGAGGAAUGAGGUUUCGAAGCCGCUUGAGGAGGAUUAG